AGGCCAGCCAGACGGGACAGUCUUUCCUUGCAACUCGACGGGAACGUUGAUCGUGGAUAUAUAUAUAUAUAUAUUAAUAUAUAUAUCUACAUAUAUAUCGGUUUUAAAGCAGGACCCACAGUAGAGCGCAGAGCAGCCAGCAGCCUCGAUGGGCGUCAUCUAUAAGAUUUUGAAGCAGCAGCGCAGCAUGGAUCUCAGCCUGAGUUCGGCCACCAGGUGCAAGGUUCAGGCGGCCAUCAAGCAGCGACAGCAGCAGCGUCGUCUAGAGGAUCAUCUGAUCCAAGAACAGGAUCAGAAUCAAAAUCAAGAACAAGAUCAGGUUCAUCAGCUGAUGGAUAAGGAUAAGGAAGAGCUGGCUGAGCAGCAAUUACAGCAGCUUUGUAGAUUUCUGGCUGAGAAUGCGGCGAGAAAGAAGCGUCAACGUUUCAAGCUGCAAUAUCAGUGUCAAAUGGCAGCCCAUCAGGAUAACGAUCAGGAGGAUCAGGAUCAGGAGCAGGUUAAGGAGUCCUUUCCCUCACCGCCGCAUGACAUGGACCUGGAGUUCAUAGAGCAGCUUCAGCAAACCUCGCCAGCCAACAGCACUUUGAGUGUCCCAGCACCACGUGAUAGCAUCCUGCUGAAGAUACGCCACCAGAUCUUUGAGAGAAAGCGGCAGAGGCAGCGCCAGUUGGCGGAGUUAGUGCAGCAGCGGCUGGUGGUGUGGCGACCUUGGUAGGAGAAGAAGAGAGAUAGAUAGAGAGAGAGACAGAAAAAGAGAGAGAUCCAAAAACUGAGACUAGUCUAAGGAUUGUAGUUAAUAAGGAAGCUUUUCGGUAUUAUUCCUGCUGCUGUGUGAUGAUCGCGCUGCUCUUCCAUUUUCCCAAACGCCUCAAAAAAAGAAAACAAACUCUAUUUUUUUUUACCCUUACUUUAAGUUAAGAAUAAAGAUUUUUUUGGAGAAAGUACUUAAGAUUUUAGGCCUUUAGGCGCCUUGCCAAGAAAAGAAAGGGUGGUAGUUGUGUGAUUUUCUUAUGUUUUUUUUUUUUGUUUUUUCUUUAUUAUUAUUCAUUGAACUUUGACACCAAUUAAAAUUGUUCAUUCCUAAUCGAAUGCUGUUUAUGGUAA